CGUGAGGCAGCGCCCCCGGGCCCGCUCCCCGCUCCGCUCCGCCCCGGCCCGGCCCGGCCCGCCUUCACGUGACGCCGCCCGUUGCAAUUUUAGACCGUCAGCUGACUCGAGAAAUCCCUGGAGAGGGGCCGCCGUGACUACAAAAACAGGGACGGCAGACCGGGAGCGGUGUCGCGGCCUCUCAGCGUCGGGACCCUCCAGCCUCUGACCCCCCCCCCCCGUCACCGCCAUCGCCGCCAUGGGGCCCCGCGGCCUCCUCUUGCUGCUCGCCCUGGCCGGGUCCUGCGCCGCCCUCAUCAGGAUCCCCCUGACCAAGUUCACCUCCAUGCGGCGGGUUCUGAACGAGGUCGGCAGCGAGAUCCCAGAUGUGAACGCCCUCACCCAGGUCCUCAAGUUCAAGAUGGGCUUUGCUGAUGCGGAGCCCACUCCCGAGAUUUUGAAGAACUACAUGGAUGCCCAGUAUUACGGCGAAAUCGGCAUCGGGACGCCCCCUCAGAAUUUCACUGUGAUCUUUGACACUGGCUCCUCCAACCUCUGGGUGCCCUCUGUGCACUGUUCCAUAUUGGACAUCGCCUGCAUGCUGCACCACAAGUACGACUCCUCUAAAUCCAGGACUUACGUGAAGAAUGGCACCGCCUUUUCCAUCCACUAUGGGACAGGGAGCCUUACUGGGUUCCUCAGCGAGGACGUAGUCACGCUUGGUGACUUGAAAAUCAAGCAUCAGGUCUUCGGGGAGGCCGUGAAGCAGCCAGGCAUGACAUUCAUCGCUGCCAAGUUUGACGGCAUCCUGGGCAUGGCGUUCCCAAGGAUCUCUGUGGACCAGGUCACCCCUUUCUUUGAUAACAUCAUGGAACAGAAGCUGAUCGAGAAAAAUAUGUUCUCUUUCUACCUGAACAGAGACCCCAAUGCUCAACCCGGUGGUGAGCUGCUCCUGGGAGGGACUGACCCCAAGUACUACACCGGCGACUUCAGUUGGAUGAAUGUCACGCGCAAGGCUUACUGGCAGAUCCACAUGGACUCGGUGGUGGUUGGCAACGGGACAGCUCUGUGUAAUGGGGGCUGCGAGGCCAUCGUGGACACAGGAACCUCACUCAUCACUGGCCCUAAAGCAGAAGUGAAGGAGAUACAGAAAGCCAUUGGUGCAAAACCACUCAUCAAAGGCGAGUACCUGGUCCCCUGUGAUAGAGUGCCAACGCUGCCUGUCGUCACAAUAGCAAUAGGAGGGAAGCCCUUUGAACUCACAGGAGAGCAGUAUAUCCUUAAGGUUACUUCAGGAGGACAGACCAUAUGCAUGAGUGGCUUUUCAGGCCUGGACAUCCCACCCCCCGGGGGCCCACUCUGGAUCCUGGGAGAUGUGUUCAUUGGUCGCUACUACACUGCCUUUGACCGUGAUAACAACGUUGUUGGCUUUGCCAAAAGUACCUAAACACAUAACCCCCACUGCCUCUGCCACACACACACUUACACACACACACGGGAGCUGUAGAGAAAGGUUACCAGUAUUAGAAACCCAGUGAGUGGAAUGGGAAAAAAAAAAAAAAAAAAGAAAGAGAAAUGGAACUAGGUUUAAAAUUACAUGGAAAAUAGUCAUUAGUGCCCCGCUAGCUACUUUUUCCACUCCAUUGAGUAAGUGGUUCUGAGAGGUCUCUAGCUGACAACUCCAGCUGGAGUAGUCCCUUGCUUUACUGCUAGGUCUUCCAGUAGUUAUUUUUCAGAAUGAUUCUCGGAGCUGAGUGAGGCCCUCUCACCUCUCCCAGCACUGAUGUCUUCCCUGGGUGAGGGACAGCCUGGCUGGAGCCAGCCCCUGGCACCUGUGUUCCUGCAGGGAGGCUGUGCUGCUGCUCUUGGGUUUGGGCUUCUGUGCUGGGGGAGAGGGAUAGGGAAAGCUGUAUGGCACAUUACUUCUUGGUUUUUUUACUCAUGAAGUGGGGGAGUGGACGAUGGGGGAGAAUCCGUCUUUAUGACCCCUCCCUGGCAGGUUGAGGCAGUGACCAGUAGGUCAUUUCUCAAGGGUUUAUGCUGACUUGGUCCUACGAGAGCAUGUCCUGGGCUGGAGCAAUGGGGGAAUCAUGGCAACGUGCCCAAGGGGUGAGUUUCAGAACCCGAGAGCUCUGGUGGUGUGUUUUGUUUAUGGAUGGCACUAGUGAGAGAACUGGCAGGCAUGGUGUCCAUGUGCCUGACCUAAGGGGGCAAGGAUUUGUAGGAGGGCUCUAGCCAGUGGGCAGUAUGAUUAUUAAGAGGGUCAAGAUAGGUUUUAAUAGAGGUUACUUGAAUUCAGGGCCAUGAAGGUCCAGCCUUCUGCUGAGCAAAGUUAUGUGACACAAGUUCUCUCGAGUUCAGUGAACUUCUUCCAGGUUCCCCAAAAACCAAAUCUUCCCAGCUUCAACCACAGCCAGUGAGUUGAGAAUAAUGUUUCCUAAAGCAACUAAGUAAUCUGCAAGCCGAAAUCAUACUGAUAAAAUCCGUACCUGUUUGUCAGUCAUGUAAGAACUUUUGGAAACAUGAUUCACAGCAUUUUUGAACUGUGUAAAACCCAAGAGACAGUUGGCAGAGCCAGCAAGGCUCCUGGGCAGGAGCAUGGUGUGGCAGCUUCUGGACUUGCACUUUCUUUCCCUGCUGCCCUGUCCCAACUGCUUUUAACACUCUUGGUACCUGCUUUCUGCUUUACUAGUGCUGGUGAGUUCUGUUCAUGUCCACCCUGUGUUGCAGAUGGAGUGAGGCACAAUCCUGCUUUGCAGAGGUUGUAGCUGAUUUAGCUGUGCUCGCAGAUCCUCCCAGAGCUGAGACCUGUGCUUAUGGAGCCACUUGCUUCACUGGGCUGGCAGUGGUAGGCAAACACUGGUGGGGCUGGGAGGAUGAUAAAGUGAGUUUUAAGCAGUGCUGGGAAGCAGAAAGGAGCCUGCCGAGAAUCCCAGCCCCUGUGCUAGGAGUAACAGGCUCUCUUAGCUUUCCCAGUGUGCUGGAUCAGGUCCUGAAGUUAGGGAGUGGCAGCAGGUGAGGGGCAAAGCUGAGUGUGGCAACAGGACCAGAUCAGCACCAGCCAUGACCCCAGACAAGGCUAAACAGUAAAAUCCUGGCUACCCAAAAUUCACUGAUAAUCCUGCCAGCAGUACUGGUGGGGCCAAGGAAUUUUCCAAGAAAGGUCUUUGGGCAGUGAGUGAAGAGAUGGUUUUGCCUGGUGAAGUUCAUAUACAUCAUCCCCAGUACUGAAUUCACCGUGAGCAUCAGAGGCAUAGGUGGGGAAGAAGUCCUGAGGUGAGUGGUGGGAGAACAGUUGAGCACAGAGCAUGCAGGUCCCCUGUCCCUGUCUGCUGCAGCUGAUCAGUUUGGCAUUAUAACCACACCUAGCCUUGGAGGCGUCUAGCAUGGAGACUGGGACAGACAUGGGCACACUUAGGACAUUGUCCCCUGCAACCCCAGAUGUGACAAAUGCUGCUCCCAAAGUUGGUUUUUUUUGUGACUGGUCAUAAUCUUCACCUGGAACCCUGCAUCUGAACACCAAAGGACUUCUGUUGCAGACCAACCGGAGAAUAGUAGCAUGUUACCAAAAAAAAAAUCUUCAAUAGGUACUUCAAAAUCAGCAGAUACUCAGCAUCUCUCCAGAGAUCCUCAGUUUCUCACCAGUUAACUGCCCAAAGCUUCUCCAAGUCCUGCUACAUCGUUUCCCAGCUGCGGGAUUUCUUCAGUGCGGUGAGAUGGCCUCUCGGGUGCCCGCUGAUCAGCCCUGAUGCGUGGGGGAAGCUUGACGCGGACCUGGCAGUGGGUUUUGAAUGUCUCCAGCAUCAGACUGAAGCAGGUCGUGCAGCACAGCCCCAGACCCAGCUGGGCCGUGGCUGUGCUGGGCGCGCAGUGCCUUAGGCCGACGGUGUCGUAGCUCUGCGGUGACUCCAGGCUGGGCUGGUGUCGGCAGGCAGGCAGGAGGCUGCUGCCUGGGGAAAGAGCGUGGCCCAGAGCGAUGCCCUGAGUGACAUACUUGAGGAUAGGCUGGAGGACCAGUUGACUGCAGUCUUUCCUGAAUGGGUCUCCUCCCCUUGUUCUUUUAUUUGCAUUUUUAAACCAAACUCUAUAAUCGUGUGACUGGUUUUUUUUUAAAUUAAUUUGCUGUCAGAAUUACUGUCUCUUCAUAGAAAAUUGAAAAUAAAAUACAGUAUUUUCCCCCUUAA